ACGAAGAAGAACUAAGGUAGCGUCCCAAAUCGAAUAGACCUACAGAUAGUCGCUAUGUGAGAAUACGCUUAUGUAUAUUUGUAUAAAGUGACGUAAAUAAUAGACUACUAUCUGGUUUGGGACUCUGUACUAUGUUGUCGAGUUAGGCUGAGUCGACUCUGAUACAUUGUAAGGAGUUAAUGGAGUCAAUUCCUGCAUUCGACUCUACGUGUUUUCAACGCUGCAUGUAUUGAACAUUGAUAUUUUGGAUCGUCGUAUCAGAAGCACAUUUGAAUGUUGACAAUGAGCAGAUGAAUUCAGCUGAAUUAACUUGGCACUCUAUAAGUGUUCCGUGCAGGAAUUUGAGCAGAGUUCCUCUGUGGGCAGAAUCGACUCCCCGGAGUCCGAGAAUCGACGACUCUAACCCCGUUGUUUCGUGGUGUUUAUGCUAGCAGGAAAUGUUACGAAAUGUGUAUAUUUAAAUCAGACUAAACAUGAAUACGGCUUUAACGCAUUGGAAAGAAGCGGCCACUGUGAUUUUAGCUGCUGGAUCAAAGUAUAAGCGAAGUGUCGAGUCUUUGUGGAGAGAAACACCUGGUUUUACGUCAAAUUUACGACAAAAAACAACUUUCGACUAUGAAGUCCUGCUGCUCAAAAGGAGCGGAAAAAGCAGCUUUAUGCCAAACGCUUAUGUGUUUCCAGGUGGUUUAGUGGAACCGUCUGACUUCUCCAGUGAGUGGUUAGAGGUUUUUAAACCUUUUAUACACUUGCCGAUGUUUGGCUUAGCGGCAGUGAAGCAGCCACAGGAAAGCAGACCGCCGAUUUUUGCGACAGACCGUCAGCAGCUCGGGUCUCCCAUCCCGGGGGACGUCGCUUUCAGAAUCUGUGCAGUGAGAGAGACGUUUGAGGAAUCAGGGGUACUUUUAGUGGUGCCUAGUGACGAGGCAAACACGCUCAACACUGAUGUUAAUGCGGACAAUGAGAAAUCGGAUAAAUACUUAAGUCGGUCACGGUUUACGGCACUGCCGGACCGGUUGGACAAAAGUCUGAUCUCUAAAUGGAGAUCUCUGGUCCUCCAGAACUCGGCGAAUUUUAUUCUCAUGUGCAGAGAGCUCGAGUGUUUACCGAACAUAUGGGCUCUAUAUGAGUGGGGAAACUGGCUCACUCCUGGUGGCGAGUCUGUCCGUCAGAGGAGGUACGACACGGCCUUUUACAUGUGCUGUUUAAAACACGUCCCAGACACGCUGCAGGACCAGAAGGAGAUCGAGCUUUAUAAGUGGUCUACACCCCCUGAAGUACUUCACAGCUACCAGGAAAGAAAACUUUGGAUUGCACCACCACAGUUAUAUGAUAUUGGACGAAUGUGCAAUUUUCCUUUACUAAGUGACCUUCACAACUUUGCCAAACAGAGAUCGAUAGAAGGCUGUGAGCGCUACCUACCUGUUGUAUUGAAGGCUACUGACUGCCACAUAUCACUCUUACCAGGUGACAGUUUGUAUCCAGAGAAAACCGAUGGCAAAGUGUCUACAGAGAAGUGUUUGGAAGAGCUGCAGAAGGACAGUUCAAAUCUGCAUCGCAUCGUAAUGCAUAAUCCUUACCAGAGCUCGGUCUAUAUUAACAUCACACCUAAAUACAAGCAUCUACCUCCUCUUACCAUCUGUGAAUCCAAGCUCUAACACUGUAUUCAUGAGUGUCCUAAGGGUACAAUUAACCUAAUAUAGGUGGCUAAAAGCCUUACAUAUGUAGUUUAAUAUUGUACAAUUUGCCUCAGAUUUAAAAGCUACCGAGUUGGGAUGUGAUGUUGAAUUCUGUCAUUGAGGAAAAUAUAGUUAAAUAAAGUACACCAAACGUGCACGAUAUCCAUCCGAUUUAUCCUUUCAAACACACAAAUGAGCUCUCAGGGCAAAGGAGGAUAUGCGCAUUUAUAUAUUUAAUUUGAUGAGAAGUCACUUGUUCUGAGGAUAUAGUUGAGAACAUGCAGUACAUACAAAAUCUUCACCUUUCCUGACAUUGUGGAAUAAUUCACGUAAGUGGAAUAACUUAAUUUGUACUUUCUUUUCUAUGAAAGAACCAUGUGUUAAUUACUCAAUUGAUAAAGUGUACAUAAAAUCUA